AUGGAAAGUGUGCAGGCUAUCGCUGAGGAUGGUGCGUCGGAUGGAGGCGCAGCCAAGUUAUUGAAGAAGCCCAGCGGACUGUCUGUCGCCCGUGGGACUCCAGCGGAUGAUGGCGGUGGACAUUUGGCACCCUCCCGCCAACUCCAGCUCUCUCCUGUUGAGACGGAGGCGCUUGAAGAGGGAUCUCUCCGCGGCAGGUCCUCGUCUUUACAUACUCGGAGUCUGGAUAGGAAGACUCUUCUGAAGCACCGGCAGAAUAUGCAGCUGCAGCCCGCAGAGCGUGAGUGGGUGAGAGCAGAUCUCCACCGGGGCUCCAUACAUGUCCACGACAGACUGUCGCCCUCUUAUCCCAGGCCGGUUCUUUGCACCGUGGACACCACAGCCGGCGAGGUGGCGCUCCGUCUAAGUAAAGUCUGCAGUAAGUCAAGCUCCGUUAUGCGCAUUUUUAGUAAAGACACCCAAAAGACUGAUCAAAAUGGCAACUGCAAUGUGAAGUAUGACUACAGUGGCAACCCAUUAAAGGUGAACAUGGACACAAGUACAAAUUGCAACCACCUGACAAACCUGGAGCCCACAGAAUUAAGGGGCCAUCCAAGUGAUAGACUGAGACUGCUGCUCAUGGAGAAUGCAGAUGAGAGGCAAAAGCAACAGGACAUAGAUGAAAAACUUUUCACCCCAGAAUCAGAGUCACAAGAUAACAUAACCUGUUCACUGUCAGAUUUCAAUUCUAACUCAAACAUAGAUACCACCAAUGGCCUAGAUAGCUAUGGAUUAAAUUCUGGCUCAGAUGUGGAGAGCAGCACAUUUGAUGAUCUGAGCUCUGGGGCCCGGCUCAGCGAGCACAGGGACUCCCUCAGUGAUGACAUGAUCCUGGGCACAGAAGCAUCCAUCCUCAGCCCUUCCUUCGACAGUCCCACAGAGGGCAACGACAUGUAUGGCAGCUCAUCGGAUGAACUGGAGCUUGACUGUCCUGCAUCCAGCACAGGCAUAGACACCAUCUCCCAGCGUCACACCAAUGGCAUCACAGCCACCACUGCCAACUACAAGAAGUGCAACAUGGGGCAUUUAAACAACAUGACAAACAAUAUGGGGCCAGAUAGCAGACUCAACCCCCAUAGUCUGGGCCACCUGCCACCCAGCAGCAGUGCCGGCUCAUUGUCAAGAGCCUGUUCUACAGGUAAUACACCUGACAUCCAAUAUCCCGACUGUGGUCAAAGCGCUGGAAAAUCAGAGCCGACAGCACACCACAAUGACGGUUCCUUUAAUUCCAGUCCCACACUAUAUGUUCAGCUGCAUGGUGAAGCUGUCCGGAGGCUUAGUCCAGAUGAGAGGCCUCUGCAGAUCCAGAAUGACUUUCUCUUUAAGCUUGGAUUUAAGGACCUGUGGAGAGUUCAAGAGGAAGGGCUUAACACAGAAAUUGGCUCCUUGUUGCGCUUCUAUGCAGGGAAGCCCCAAAGCACUGAGAGCUCAGAGAGGGUCCAGCUGUCAGGGAUGUACAACGUUCGGAAAGGGAAGCUCCAGCUACCAGUGAACCGCUGGACCAGACGGCAGGUCAUCCUGUGCGGCACCUGUCUCAUCGUCUCCUCUGUCAAAGAGAGCCAAACAGGGAAGAUGCACAUCCUGCCGCUCAUUGGAGGAAAAGUAGAAGAGGUGAAGAAGCACAAUCACUGUUUAGCCUUCAGCUCGGCAGGGCCUCAGAGUCAAACCUACUACGUCAGCUUUGACAGCUUCACGGAGCACCUGCGCUGGCACAGACACGCUGCCAAGAUGGUGUCCCAGAGAAUCAACUCAGUUGAUCUGUCCUGCUGCAGCCUGGAGCAACUUCCUCCCAACCUCUUUUACAGCCAUGAUCUCACCCACCUUAACCUCAAACACAACUUCCUGCCUGCAGACCAGCAGCUGCAGCAGCUGCAGAGGUUUUCUCGUCUGCGGAGCCUCAACCUGUCUAAUAACCAUCUUGGUCAGUUCCCCCUGGCCAUCUGCGACAUCCCUACCCUGACAGAGGUCAACCUCAGCUGUAACUACCUGGCCUCUGUCCCCAGCUCUGUUGGAGCCAUGACCAAUUUGCAGACAUUCCUGUUGGACGGAAACAGUCUAGAAGAGCUUCCCAACGAGCUGGGUUCCCUUCAGAGGCUGAGUUACUUGGGCCUUUCGUUCAACCAAUUUAACCAUGUGCCCCAGGUUCUGGAGCGGUUGGCCUCCAUGGAGAAGCUGUGCAUGGCCGGCAACAACCUAGAAACACUCACGCUGCAGAAUUUCAGGCUACUUCGUGUCAAACACAUCGAUCUAAGGUUGAAUAAGAUCUCUAGCAUGGUACCAGAUGAGCCUGACCUGCUGAGGCAUGUGACACAGCUGGACGUAAGGGAUAACAGGCUGACGGACAUGGACGCCUCAGUCUUCCCCAGGCUAGAGGUGCUUCACUGCGAGAGAAACCGCAUUGCCAGCCUCAGGGCCAAGGGUUGCUUGCUCAAAGGCAUCUACGCCUCCAACAACGAGCUACGACAACUGGAUGUCAGUCCUGUGCCCUGCAAUCUUAGUUAUAUGGAUAUCUCAAGGAACCGUAUGGAGUCUGUGCCAGACUGGCUGUAUGAAGCAAAGAAACUGGAAGUUCUGGAUGUGAGCCACAACCACAUCGCCGAGCUUCCGGCACGGUUGUUAUGCAGCAACAGUUUGAGGAAGCUGAGUGCAGGACAUAACCAGUUGCAGAAGCUGCCUGAAAGAGUGGAGCGCCCUCUGCUGGAGGUUUUGGAUGUACAGCACAAUCAAUUGGUGGAGCUGCCCUGUAACCUCUUCCUCAAAUCUGACAGUUUGCGAUGUGUAAAUGCAUCAGCCAAUAAGCUAGAGCACCUGCCUCCAUCCAGCCUAUCAGAGGAGAGCCACAGCAUCUUGCAGGAACUCUACCUGACCAAUAACCAUCUGACAGACAAGUGUGUGCCAAUGCUGACAGGCCACACACACCUUCGAGUUUUGCACAUGGCCUAUAACCAUCUCCAGACCUUCCCAGCAAGUAAAAUGGCCAAGUUGGAGGAGCUGGAGGAGGUGGACUUGAGUGGAAACAUGCUGAAGACUGUACCCACCACUAUCAUGAACUGCAGAAGAAUGCACACGCUCAUUGCCCACUCCAACGCCAUCGAGGUGUUUCCUGAGGUCAUGCAGCUGAUGGAGAUGAAAUGUGUGGAUCUGAGCUGUAAUGAGCUGAGUGAGAUCACACUACCAGAGAAUCUGCCUCCCAAGCUUCAGGAGCUGGACCUGACUGGAAACCCUCGUCUCAACCUGGACCACAAGACCCUUGAGCAGCUCAAUAAUAUUCGCUGCUUCCGCAUUGAUCCGCCUCCAACCUUUUCGUCGAAUGAGGCAUCUGGUGGACCUGCUGUGUGGAGUCACGGCUACACAGAGGCCUCGGGCGUCAAGAACAAACUGUGCGUUGCAGCUCUUUCAGUAAACAGUUUCUGUGGGAGUCGUGAAGCUCUGUACGGCGUAUUUGAUGGGGACAGAAACGUGGAGGUGCCCUACCUUUUGCAGUGCACAAUGAAUGAUGUGUUGGCUGAAGAACUACACAAGACCAAGAGCAAGGAGGACUAUAUGACCAACACCUUCCUUGUCAUGCAAAGAAAACUUGGAACAGCAGGUCAGAAACUAGGUGGCUCAGCAGCUCUGUGUCACAUUCGCCAUGAUCCCACCGACCCCGGAGGCUGCUUCACCCUUACAGCUGCUAAUGUGGGCAAAUGCCAGGCCAUCCUGUGCCGGGAUGGAAAACCAUUACCCUUAUCAGUGCUUCAUAAUGUAGGACUAGAGGAGGAGUACCACAGGAUCCGGCGACACAGGGCUAUCAUCACUGAGGACAACAAGGUGAACGGUGUGACCGAUUCUACGCGAAUCAUGGGCUACUCCUUCCUUUACCCAUCUGUAAUCCCUUGUCCCCAUGUGCAGACAGUCACUCUCACGGCCCAGGAUGAGUUUUUCAUUCUGGGGAGCCGGGGCUUGUGGGAUGCUGUGUCUCCCAUUGAAGCGGUUGAGGCUGUUCGAAACGUCCCUGAUGGCCUAGCUGCUGCUAAGAAGCUGUGCACACUGGCACAGGGCUAUGGCUGCACCGACAGCCUCAGCGCUGUUGUAGUCCAGCUCAGUGUGAGCGAAGACUGCUGCUCCUGCUGCUGCUCUGAGCCUCCCCAUCCACCUCCAAGCCCUGGCUUGGGCCCCUAUCCCCCAUCGUCCUCUGCCAUCAAGGAACGGCCCUCGGAUGGCUCCCUUCCUGUACCCCCUUCCUCCUGCAGUGAAAUCAGCAGUGAGAUCAGCACCAGCGAGAUGAGCAGCGAGGUGGGCUCCACAGCCUCAUCUGAUGAGCCACUGCAGAGCUCCUUGGUGCUGCUGCAUGAGCAGCCCCAUCAUGCUCACCUCCACAUGCACCAUCAGGCCCACUCACUGGCCUUACAGCACCAGCAGGCCCAUACAACCACACAGCCCUGCCAGUCGCUGUUCCCAGGUUCAGAUCUGCCUUCUGCCCGCAGUUGCUGUGCGCUCCAUCCUGCCUGUUUAGCAGGCUCCUUCCAGAGGCAGCUGUCUAGUGCCACCUUCUCCAGUGCCCUGUCUGACAACGGGUUAGACAGCGAGGAUGAGGAACCCAUUGCAGGUGUUUUUUCCAAUGGGAGCCGUGUAGAAGUAGAGGCAGAUGUCCACUGCCUUAAAGCGGAGUCCUCCUUGUCACCCCAAACAUCAGCACCUUUAUCCUCCACCCAGGAGCGAACCCUACUUACUCUCCCCCUGCCUCCUCCACCACCAUGCACCCCAGAGCCCUUGGAAGAUGGGGUUGACAUAAGCCUUGGUGAGGCUGAAAAUGGGCUGGAGAAGGACGAGCCAUGGCAAGGAGUUGGGGACGGAGGAAAGUUGGCAGGCAAAAGGAGAAUUAAUGGGUCAGUGGCACGCCAGGAAAAGAGUCACAACCUUAUUGAGGUGGCUGCUGACGCCCCUUCAAAGAAAUCUGGGGGUUAUUUCACAGCGCCAGCCCAGCCUGACCCAGAUGAUCAGUUCAUCAUUCCCCCUGAGCUGGAGGCGGAGGUGAAGGAAAUCAUGAAGCAGCAUCAGCAGAAACAGCAGAAGCCACCUGGGACGGAGACCACAGACUACUAUGACACCCCUCUCUGAACAGCAAUACCACCAGCUACAGCCUCAUCUCUCUCACGGCAACAGCAUGCACAGAAACCUACAUCAACCUAACCACUCUGAUUUUCCAAUAUAUAAACACAAACAAAUCAAUUUCCUCAAGAGGCUGUAAAAUGCACAUGAAAAAGUCUCAUCCAGCUUUUUCUCAGCAGCCUUCCAGUUCUCAUCUUUGGACAACCAUGCACUGUAACCUGUUCCACUUCUUUUUACCCAAGCAACUCGAAUAAAAAACUAGCAAAUGAGCCCUUUAAUGAUACCCAACCUUCUUGGUAAAGCCUGUGUACACAGCUCCUAGUGUCCAUGGUCGUGCCCUUCUCACAGACUGUGGAGCUUUUUACAUUAGACAACCAGCUGAAUAUGUAAUCACUAGUCUCUUUGCAAUAGCAUUAGCUCACUACAACACUUGUUAAUAUUGAUAACGAUCCCACGGUUGGUUGGUUUGUUUGUAAAAACAUAUCUUUUAAUGUGAAAGCAGUGAAGUUGCUGAAAGAACUUUUUAAAAACAGACAAUCUUUUUAUCAUGUCAAGAGGUACAUCUGUAAUACCACGUUUAACUGUUGUAGAUAGGGCACUUAAAAUACUGUAUUUCUUCAGUAAAUCAUGGCUCUUGGCCUGUAAAAUGGCAUAGAAAUUUUUUGUAGAAAUUUUAAAUACUAACUCCUAGGAGUUGCAUACUCUUUAUGGUGACUCAGUCACUUUUACUAAUCUUCUCUGAGAGAAAUUUUUUUCCAAUGAUUGUAAAUAAGAGAAAUGAUAUAUACUGAUGCUUUUAAAAGAACUGCCCGUUCGUCGGUGAAGGUUUUAGUAGUGGGGACAAGUGUGGAGGUGUCACCCCCUCAAACAUCUUACAAUGUAGAACCACAAAUAUAAGCCACACACACACACACACACACACACACACACACACACAAUUGCAGGCCAGAAACCCAACAUUCCAUGAAGUAUAACUACACACAGUUGCUAUGGUUUGCUCCACUCUGAUUAUGAUGUCCUGUAGUCAUCACUGUAUCUAAUCAACACUAACAGACAGAUCGUUGCAUGCACACACACACACACACACACACACUAGUCCCACCUCCCUCCUACAGUAACUGUUACCACCGGCAUGACUGUGUCAAGUUCAGUAAUACAAAUAAAAUAUAUCCACAUCAAAAAGAGACAACACAAAUGUUCCUGUCUUUGGUAU